AACUCAAAAAAUUAUCUCAUCUCUAAUUAUUGAUUUGUUUUGAAAAGCAUUGAAGGUGGACGGGUUGUUGAUAGAGAGAGAAGCAUUAGAGUAUUAGUAGCUCCGAUUGGAUGUUGGGAUCAAUUUUUCAAAAUUUUGCAAAAUCAUUUGUUGUUAAAACAAAUUCGACAAGUAGAUUUGAGGAGUUUAGGAUUGGUGGAAUUUGGGCGAAAUCAAAAUUCGAUUCUUACAAAUAUAACUACGUUAAUCGCAAACCAAAACCUCUUCUUUACCUUAAACCAAGAAACGCUCUCUUUACGACUCCACUCCUCAAAAUCGCAGCAGCAACAAGACGGAGUUGAAGAGGGAGAUUUUGAUGUACUUGCUUCCGGAUCUUCGUUGCGUUCAGAAACAUGAUGAUUUCCUUGGAACAUAAAGAUACUAUGCAGAGUUAUCAUAAGGCAUCUAUAAAAAGCCUUGAAAAUAAAUGUUACCCCUGCACUCCACAAUAUAAUGGCACCUACUUUGAAGGCUUUAAGGAGUUUGAAGGUGGUCUUCAUGCUCAACCGGGUUGGAAUGCAACAGAUCCAGACUGCUCCUUAAGCAGUAAACCUCUAGAAUCUUCAGAAGACUAUAUGCAAAGGCCCGUAUAUCAUCAUGACUAUGGCACAUGGUCUCCCAACCUUGACCCUGGCAAUGCUCCAAGGCGCCAGCUGAAUGCGUUUCAGGGCCAUUUCCACCCUUUUGCAGUAAAUCGCAGAUUACAGUGUGCCCCAGUAAACAUGUUCCCUCAAACUUAUCCAUAUGAUUAUCGGUUCCAAGAUUUUCAGUAUUUUGUUGUGAUCGACUUUGAGGCCACAUGUGACAAAGAAAAAGCUCCUCAGCCACAAGAGAUAAUUGAGUUCCCAUCUGUAAUAGUCAGUAGCAUUACUGGGCAGUUAGAAGCUUGUUUCCAAACAUAUGUGCGGCCAACAUGCAAUCAGCACUUGAGUGAUUUCUGCAAAGAUCUAACUGGCAUACAGCAAAUUCAGGUGGACCGAGGGGUUACACUGAGUGAAGCUCUUCUUAGACAUGACAAAUGGCUUGAAAAGAAGGGAAUUAAAGAUGCCAAGUUUGCUGUGGUAACAUGGUCUGACUGGGAUUGCCGGGUGAUGUUGGAAUCAGAAUGCCGAUACAAAAACAUUAGAAAGCCCCCAUAUUUCAAUAGAUGGAUCAAUUUGAGAGUUCCUUUCCAUGAGGUAUUUGGUGAAGCAAGAUGCAAUUUGAGAGAGGCAGUGGAGAAGGCUGGCUUAGCUUGGGAAGGUCGUGCUCAUUGCGGUCUGGAUGACGCCAAAAACACUGCUCGCCUUCUUGCUUUAAUAAUGCACAAGGGCUUUAAGUUCUCCAUUACCAACUCGCUAACUUUCCAGUCUUGUGAUGACUCCAUGACAUGGAAACCAAUUCCAGAGAAACCUCUUUUUGUUCCACCUCAAGCUCAGAAACUCGACAAUCCACAACCUCAAGUAUUCCAGUACCUUCCCUUCUGUUAUUGUGGGGUGAAAAGCAGCAAAGGAGUUAUUAGAAAACCGGGUCCUAAGCAUGGGAGCACCUUCUUCGGAUGUGGAAACUGGACUGCCGCAAGAGGCGCUCUUUGCCAAUAUUUCAAAUGGGCUUCUCCUUAACUAGAUGGGAGCAACCAAUCUCUCAUCUUUCAUGACAUUAGCAUAUGGAUUAUUACAAAUCUGUAAAAAUAUUGUUGGAGAUUGGAUUAUUUCGUAGAGAAAGCAAAUGCCAGUUUGCUGGGUUAGUUAUCAAUGCUGUUUUAGUGGAGGCACAGGAUCUGAACAACGGUAUACUUAUGCGAUGAAUGCAUAAAUUUGUGCUAUUACAUGCUUUGACCUUUAUAAUCUUGUUAAUAAUGUAUGACAUAUUGACAGCAAUAGGUUUUCCCUAUGUAUUUAAGACAAAGGAAGACUGAGU